AUGCAGAAAUACAGAGACGCGGUGUUGAGAACCCUGCGCGAGUUUGAGGGAUACGAGAUACACCAGGUACCGAGAGAGCAGAACGCCGACGCCGACAUGCUCUCAAAGCUAAGUACCGGAGUCCCCAACCACAUUAGGAAGAUCGCUCGACUGGAAGACCUCGAGACUUCAAGUAUCGACGUUUCGUGGGUCUUCCCUGUGCAGACUAGGGAGCCAUGUUGGAUUGAUCAUAUCAAACGAUACAAGGCAGAUGGCACCCUACCGCUAGACGAGGCAGACCGCAAAGAUGAAGCAAAGUUGGUGAUAAAAGAGGUCCAUGAUGGGGUAUGCUCCGCGCACCAAGGGGCGUACACCAUCGCACGCCGCAUCAUGUUACAAGGGUAUUUUUGGCCCAAAAUGCUGAGGGACUGCGCCGAGUAUACAAAGCGAUGUCCCAAGUGCCAAGAAUUCCAAGCACUGCCGGGUCGACCUGCGACGAACUACACCCCGGUAAGCACCGCGAUUCCUUUUUCGAGAUGGGGAAUUGACCUGGUAGGGGCCCUUCCCACGGGGACUGGAAACAGGAAGUACAUCAUUGUGGCCGUCGACUAUUUCACGAAAUGGGUAAUCACAGACAAUGGCCGUCAGUUCGAGGCACGAGAAUUUUCAGAAUUCUUAGCAGGAUGGGGCGUUAAACAUAGCCGGGUGGCGGUAUCUUAUCCUCAGGCGAAUGGGCAAGUGGAGAAUGCGAAUAGAACCAUCCUCGACGGCCUCAAGAAAAAGCUAGAAGCUGGCAGAGCCUGGGUGGAAGAACUCGACGACAUCCUCUUGGCCUAUCGCACGACACCAAGAAGGGCCACCGGGGAAACCCCGUUCACACUCGCCUAUGGAUUUGAAGCUCGGGCCCCGGUGGAAGUAAUCAUACCUAGUAGAAGGGUGGAGGAGUUCGAGUCAGAACAAAAUGAACUCCACCAAAGGGUGGAUCUGAACUUCUUGGAUGAAAAAAGAGAAGCGGCAUUCUGCAAGAUGGAGAACUACGGUCGUCAGCUAAAGUCCUACCAUGACGCAAAAGUCCGACCCCGGUACUUCCAGGUCGGCGACCUUGUGUUGCGAAGAAGGGAAGCCAGCCAACCCCUUGAAGGGGAAAAAUUCGCAAAGAAAUGGGAGGGGCCUUACGCCGUGGAGGAAGUCGUUCGCCCAGGAACAUACAAGUUAAAAACUACAGGGGGAAGAAUGAUCGAUCGGGUAUGGAACUCGGAACAUUUGAUCAAGUACUUUCCUUAA